AUACUCGACAUCUGAAAAAUUCAAAUCAUUCGUAUUACAUUUUUGUUAAAAAAGAAAUUUUUAUUGCUGCACUAAAAAAAUUUUCGGUUAUAUAUUUAUUUGGCUCGUUAAAUAACUAUUUUGAAAUUUUUUGCAAACCAUGAGUCGUUGUUGUAUGCGACCUGGACGCGUUACCGGUAAUGGAUACCUAAAUUUUUUACGCGAAUUCCGCAUGAAAAACUGUGGCAUGACGGCGGUGCAAACAGUGAUUCAAGGUGCGAAGGCAUGGAAUCGACUAUCGUGCAAGCAGAAGGCCAAGUAUCGUGCAAUGGGCUGCAAGAGUGCGCGACGUAAGAGGAAGCGUCGUGGUUGUCGACCAAAACGACGUAGGCGUUCCGGCUGUCGAAAGAAGCGCCGGCCAAGGCGUCGUGGCUGUCGGCCAAAAAAACGUAGGCGUUCCGGCUGUCGAAAGAAGCGCCGGCCAAAGCGUCGUCGAAGCUGUCGUCGUCGUUCUCGCCCCCGUCGCAAGCGCGGAGGCUGCCGAAAGCGCAAGCGUUGCAUGAAACCCGGCCCAGUGACGGCAAAUGCAUAUUUGAACUUCCUACGCUCCUUCAGACGUAAACACUGUGGCCUCACGCCACGAGAAGCUGUAAAGAAGGGCGCGCGAAAGUGGUGUUCAAUGUCGCCCGAAGCAAAACGACGCUACAUGCGACAGGCCUGCAAAAUGACAAAGAGCAAACGUAAAAGGAGAAGUGGUCUGUGUCGAUCAUUCCGUAAAAAGAGGCGUUGUUGAGUGCUUCUAUGUACCCUCUAUCAAAAAUGUUUGUAAUAUAAAUUGUGAAUGUGAAUCUGUUUAUUUUUUAAUAAAACCGAGAGUGCGUAGAAAAUGGA